ACUGUAGGAUUUCCUGGGUCUCUCCAUCUACUGUGACUACUGUGUCGGGCACCUGUGUUGUCAUCACACCAGGGAAGGCAGAAAGAUGCCAGUAUAUAUCCGGAAACGUCCCCUGGAGAUCCCUCCACCUUCUGAAAAGGACUGGAUUAAGAAGGAUGAGGAAGAAAAUUUCUUCCUGCAGGAUCCCGAUCAAAUCUUUGAUUCGUUGCCUCAGCCCUUCCGGAUGAUCAAUAAACUGGUGACUUUAGUAUUCGAGCAGGCCUGGGAAAUCAUUGAGAAGAGGGAGGCACCCCGAGAGGCACAGAUACGGAAGGUCAAGCCCACGUUGUACCUGCCCACAGCUGAAUUCCAGGUGAUGGGAAGAGCCAACUGCCUUGCAGCCUCUGGACAGCAUGUCUUUGUUGGGCUCUCCACAGGGCUUGCGGUUUUCAACACGCCCAGCUGUAAACGGAUCUGUGCUUGGGAGUCAACCAAGCUAGAGAUUUGUGCCAUCCGUGCCUCCAACCUUGGCAAUGAGACCCACCUUCUUGUUACUGUGGAUGACAUGGGACUUGCCCGACUCUUUUAUUUUUACAGGGUCAGCCUGCUGCUCAUCAAAGUCCUAAACGAAGUGGAAGAGAUCAGCAAGAGAAACACCUGUGUGGAGGCGGAGCUCUCCCAGGGGGGCGAUUAUGCAGGCAUCCUGCUGCAAGGCAGCACAGAAGCUUGGCUGGAGAUCUACCGAUUGCCUAAGGAGUCUUGGCUGAAGGAGACAGACCAUUCCCAGGCAGCUGCAGCAGUGUCAUCUUUCAGGGAGAGGCGGUUCAGCCAGGCGUCUAUGAAAAGUCUGGAACUGCUGGGACAGGGCUCUGCAGAAACGGAAUCACCCAUGUCUGCAAACAGAGUUGAAACUAAGCUGAGUCUCCCAGUGCUGCUGCUGAAGGUCAGGUCGCCCAAACCUCUGACAGGAAGCACUUUUAAAACCCCUUUGGAGGCCCUGAUGAAGAUUGAUGAUGGCAGUGUGAUCGGCUUGGGGCAGAAUCACAUGAUCAAAGACUACCAAUGGGAACAGCAGGAUGCAAUCUUUCGCAGCACCUUCAAAAAGCGUCUGGAGAGAGAAAGUGAGCGUGACAGCAAGGAGGAGAAACCCAGCCUUGCUGUGUUUCAUUUUCUCCUGCCCAGCCGGAUACUGCAGAUCGGUCUCGAAAUCAAAGCACAUCCAGAUGUGCCCACUGGCAUCAGUGUGCAUUGGAGUGGAAGCCACAAUCUCUGCCUGUAUUUACUCACCCGGCCAUCAAAGGAGAAAAUGGAUGCUGAGAUAAAACCUGACACUGUCUGGCCAUGUGCCGCUCCAAUCACCUGCUCAGCUGUCACCUCCUGCUCCUCUUAUAUGGCUCUGGCAUGUGAAGAUGGGAUGAUAACGGUGUGGGACAGAUGUCUAGGAUUUCCACUAGCUGUGACUGCCCUUCCAGAGGGAUGUCUCAGCCGCACCAUCCACUUCCUGCAGACAUCUGCAGCCCCAAGGGACCAGCUGCCUAGGCCCAAAGUGCAGCUUCUGGUGCUGUGUACGGAUGGGUCUCUCCACCUGGUUACAGUGUCAGGGCCCAGAGAGUCCAGGACCGUGCUCCUGGCAGACAGGUCUGAGGACCCAGAUCAGACCAUCAGCGCAGUAGCACCGAUUCCAGCCUUUCCUGGUGCAGUGCUGGUGUUCUCCUGGGAUGGCACAGUGUGCCUCACAGAUACUGCCACGCCACAGACUGUUUGCCACUUCAUCACCCCACCCUCUCACACAGUAGCAUCCCCCUGGCAACCAGUGUUUACCGUGGAUGCCACUAACCAAUGCCUGCUCCUCCGAGGGGAUGAACAGCAGCAGCAGGCUGGUCUGCCAACACAGACCAAGGACAAUCAAAGCUCCAUCUUCCUUUUUUAUUUUGAGUCCUACCAGUCCAUGAAGGUUUUCCCAGCAGUACCAGAGCUUCCUCCUGACUCCUUGCAGCACCUGCCAUGGGACGAGAGAUGUGACAUUUUCCUCCGUGACAGGCUGCAGCACCUGCCAGGACUCAGCCAGCAGGUACCCAAGUGCUGGAGCCAGCUGCGGAAGCAUGCAGCCGCCCUGCAGAGGAAGGGCCGGAAGAAGUGAUGGGGGCAGGAGGAGCUAUAGUUCAGAUCAACCUCGCAGCCCUGGGUUGGCACUAGGCCCAUAAGCCUGGCCUAGCACUGGCAUUUUGACUGACUCGUCUCCACCUCAAGGCAGCUCAUCCCACUGAUUGAUUUCCCCCACCUCUAACCCAAGCCCACUGAUCAGCCCAGGCCAGCAGGGAGCAGCUCCUCCUCCCCUCAUUCAUCAUGGGUACUUGCACCCUGUUGGGGCAUUCUGAUAGCAGUGUCUGCUCAUCACAGAGAGGGACCCAGAAGCCCAAGUAGUUCAGCUAGAGAACGUGCAGCGCAGCUUUGAGUCCCCCAUAGACAUGGAAAGUCUGAGCCUAAGCAGAAGCUUCAUCAAUGCAGUUAGAUCCGUGUCUCUCCCUUUCAGUAAAGGCCUUCACACUGUUUGUCUGUCUGUGGUACUUCAGAGCAUUGGCACUGAAGUGAGAUUGUUCUUCUAUCCCAUCAACUUUGGGGCUCCCCACAGGCUCAUCCCCUUGCAAUUUAACCAGCCUGGGGAUGGGAGAGAAUAGGACAAUGAAUGCAGAUGGACAAAGGCACCAUUGUCCCACAUGGUAUUGGUGGCCUGUAGCAGCAACAGGGAAUCCAGAUGCUCCCCCGAAUCACAAGUUUUAUUGACCAAGGAUGGGCCAACACAGUGUUAGAGGCCUAUGCUGGCACUGGCCAUGCCUCUAGAUGCUUCUUCCAGCCAGCAUCACUUCUCUACCCAAACUCCACCUGAGGAAAGUGUUGCUGUCCACAGGAUCUUCAGUCAGCCCAGCGAGAUCUACCCAUUUAUCUAGGUUCUUGGCACUGUGGUAUCUGGACCCCUGCCAUGGGGAAAGGAUGAGGAAGAACAGAAGAGGGGGGAAGGCCUGAGAGAGAUGGGAGGAGGAGCAGAACAGUGCUGGGGGUUGGCUUGAUUUCUAGUCUUGCCUCCUUGCAAUCACACUAACUCUGUCAUCUAAGCGGGGAACUAUACAGAGCAGUCAUUAUUCCCGGACUCUGUCACAUGUCAUGUCAGGGAAAGGGGGUGCCUGCAGCCCACAGAGCUGCCUCUGUGACAUUCCUGGGACUGACAGGGUGUAGGAGUAGGACUCUGGACUUGAGUCCCAUGCGAUAAUGGAGAAAUACUGACCACCUUUGGCCAGGAAAUUCAGACUCCGUUCCCAGCAGUGCAUGGAGGUGCUAGUUAUUGGUAGGACAUAUGGGGUUGGGCAUUGCCCUCACAAACUACCUCUGCUGUUACAAU